AACUGAGAUUUCGUCGCUCUACUUGCGAUAAUGGCUUUCUCGCUUAACUGCAACUCUCUCGACCUAAAGUGGAAACGGCGCAUUGAUAGAGGCUCCGAAGAGAUUUCUGAGCUUGGUGGUGUUACUGACAUCGAUCAGAGCUACUGGUGGAGAAUUGUUUCCUGCAGCACUGGGCCGGGAGCUGUCUCGGCGUGCAUACUUAAGCGCACAAAUGUGUCGUUUCGCUGGAGAGGGGGGGAUGUCGUAAGAGUUUUCUAGAAAAAGUAGAAAAAAGAAGCAUUGUGCGAUCGGAGGGAGAGACCUAAAAAAAUACAUACAUACGCCGUCUCGACGUUUUCUGCAACGCUCUGCGUGGACUGUGAGCUCACAUUGUGUGGCUGGAAGCCGUGUUGCUGAGUUGUCGCUGUUGAGGUGGAUAGUCUUGUCGUUAGCUUCGAUUGUAGUUUGAUGUGAGACCUGGGAUAACGGUGCUCUCUACGAGUGUGGUCGUCUGGUCAUGGUCGAUGGCGAAUGCUCCGUUGAGUGGACUUGGAGCUGGACCCAAUCUUUUGUGACUCAGGAAUAGUUUUUGCGCUCGGGACUGUGGCUCUAAACGUUGGGAUUGCUCACUUCGUUUCCCUCCUUUCGUUGCGUUGCGAAGCUUUGAUUGAACCUCUUUGGAGCGAUGGCGGAGUGUGUUGCCACUCCGCAUUCCGUUGUUAGUAGGAGCAUUCACCCUUGCGUCAGUGCUGCACACUCACGUAAUCUUCGCAAUCGACCAGAUGGUCUCGCAUUUAAUCCUUUGAAGUGUUGUCGAAGGAACACUGGAUCACUUACGGCUGAAAUUAGUUUCAGAACGCAGGAAUCGCUUAGGUGUGAGAGGAGGCCAGGUGCUCCCGUGCGCGUAUCUCCCACAGGAAACUCUUCGCAAGAACCAAUUCAACUCUCUGCAGAAGCAGAAGAGGGAUAUGAAAAUGUCCCCGCUGGAGAGCAUUCGGUAUCAUCUAUAGAUUUUGCGUCCUCGCUCGUAACUGCCGUUGGCUCUGAUGCUUCGAGCGAAACCGAAUUGUCAGGAAAGAAGAGAAGGAACAGGAAAGGAGAACGAAAGGUAUACUUAAUGGCGGCCGUUGCCUCCAGCGUAGGUUUCAUCACCUUAUCCGCUGGUGCUGUAUACUAUCGAUUCUAUUGGCAAUUACAGGGUUCAGGAGAAGUGCCCUACUCGGAAAUGACUGGGACAUUCUCGUUAGCCAUCGGUGCCGCGGUGGGCAUGGAAUAUUGGGCGCGGUGGGCUCAUAAAGCUCUCUGGCACGACUCGCUUUGGAACAUGCACGAGUCGCAUCACAGACCACGAGAAGGACCCUUUGAGAUGAACGACGUAUUCGCGAUCAUCAAUGCCAUUCCAGCGAUAUCUCUAAUCGCAUAUGGGUUUUUCCAUAAAGGCCUAGUGCCUGGCCUCUGCUUUGGAGCAGGUCUCGGGAUUACAAUGUUUGGUAUGGCAUACAUGUUUGUCCACGAUGGACUUGUACACAGAAGAUUUCCUGUGGGCCCUGUCGCAGACGUUCCUUACCUUCAAAAAGUAGCAGCUGCACAUCAGCUUCACCAUGCUGAUCUCUUCGAGGGUGUACCAUUCGGACUUUUCCUCGGCCCUCAGGAGCUCGAGAACGUAGGAGGUGAGGAAGAGCUCCAGACGUUAUUGGACUCCAAGUGCAAAGCCCGGAAAGAAUGAUCAACAUCGACUAGUCACUGUAUAGACACAUUUUGGCACUAUUCUUCAUGGUUUUUCAAUUCACUUAUUCGUAAACCCUAAACCCUAAACACAAGCAUGUGGGUAGUGCACUAAUUGGUGCUGUGCACCCACCAAAGCGUUUUGUAUUAGAGGUAGAGCUGAGAUUAUGCUGGCACUAAUUCUACCUUCACGGCAUGAUUUGGAUUAAUUAAUGGUAGAGAAAUGGUGUGUAUCCACACGUUGUACAAUAUGUGAUUCCAACACUGCUUGUUGGUAGCAAACCAUAUGUAAUAGCUAAGUCACUUUCUAUUGCGUUCAAUGUUUAUUGAU